AUGAGAUGGUUCCCUGACAACUCUAAGCUGGCUGCUCUCAACUUUACACCAUGUAGCCAACAACCUCUGCGUAGAGCCAUUCCGUGUGGCUCAAUUCUAUGUGCUGGACCUGGGACUGGCUGUUUUGACACUUGUGACGGAGGCCUUUCUCCUGCGUCUGGUGGUACUAAUAACUGUGUAGGUGUUGGUCAAGGAUGUAAAUGCUGUAGUGGUGUAACAACUACUACAAGUACUUCAACCUCUACAAGUACCUCCACUUCUACUAGUACUUCAACCUCCACAAGUACUUCAACCUCCACAAGUACUUCCACUUCCACAAGUACUUCAACACCUACCAGCACUUCCACAAGUACUUCAACACCUACCAGCACUUCCACAAGUACUACUUCCACAAGUACUUCAACGCCUACUACAACUACUUCCACUUCUACAGAUACUACUUCAACUUCCACAAGUACUUCCACAAGUACAAGUACAUCAACACCUACCACAACUACUUCCACUUCCACAAGUACUUCAACACCUACUACAACUACUUCCACUUCUACAGAUACUACUUCAACUUCCACAAGUACUUCAACACCUACUACAACUACUUCCACUUCUACAGAUACUACUUCAACUUCCACAAUACUUCAACUACACCACCACUUCCACAAGUACUUCACACCUACUUCAACUACUUCCACUUCUACAGAUACUACUUCAACUUCCACAAGUACUUCAACACCUACUACAACUACUUCCACUUCUACAGAUACUACUUCAACUUCCACAAGUACUUCAACUCCCACCACCACUUCCACAAGUACUUCAACACCUACUACAACUACUUCCACUUCUACAGAUACUACUUCAACUUCCACAAGUACUUCAACACCUACCAGCACUUCCACAAGUUCUACUUCCACAAGUACUUCAACACCUACUACAACUACUUCCACUUCUACAGAUACUACUUCAACUUCCACAAGUACUUCCACUUCUACAGAUACUACUUCAACUUCCACAAGUACUUCAACACCUACCAGCACUUCCACAAGUUCUACUUCCACAAGUACUUCAACACCUACCAGCACUUCCACAAGUUCUACUUCCACAAGUACUUCAACACCUACUACAACUACAUCCACUUCCACAGAUACCACUUCAACUUCCACAAGUACUUCAACUCCCACCACCACUUCCAUAAGUACUACCUCCUCAAGUACUUCAACACCUACCACAAGUACUUCCACUUCUACAGAUACUACUUCAACUUCCACAAGUACUCCAACUUCUACCACCACUUCCACAAGUACUGCUUCCACAAGUACUUCAAUGUCUACCAGUGGUACUACCACUUCCACAAGUACUACCACUUCCACAAGUACUUCAUCACCUAAUACUAGUACUUCCACUUCCAAUGGUACUACUACUCCCACAAGUACUUCCACUUCCAUCAUUACUUCAACACCUACCACAAGUACUCCCACUUCCAGUGGUACUACCUCUAGUACGAUUACUCCCACUUCCAGUGGUACUACCUCUAGUACAAGUACUUCCACUUCCAAUGGUUCUACUACUUCCACAAGUACGUCAUCACCUACCACAAGUACCUCCACUUCCAAUGGUACUACCCCAGCUACAACAAGUACUACCUCAGUUACCACAGCUACUGCCAAUUUCACAGGCACUACCUCAUCAACCACAAGUACUAUAAGUACAUCCAGUUCCACAAGUAAUACUUCUCUUACUACAAGUACUUCCUCUGCUGCCAAUACAACUACAUCAAAUUCCACUACUACCACUUCUAUAAGCGCUAGUUCACCAAACACAACUAGUACUGAUAAUACAAAUCACACUUUAACUACCUCCAGCUCUGUUACAAAUACCACAACCAGUACAAAUGCUACAUUACCUACCACAACCACUGCAUCUACAACCUCUGCAACUACAACUACCACAGCACCUUUCAUAAAUACUACAAGUACAACUUUUACACCAACUACCACAAUCUCAACAAGUUCUACUUCCUCCAGUUCUACUGCAGAAAGUAGUACAAGUGCAAAUACUUCAUCCACAACAACCACCACUUCGACUUCUACUUCAACAACUACCACUCCAACAACAGCAUCAAACACAACGCAGAGUACUUCCACAACAACGGUAUCAUCUUCUCAAUCAGCACCUCCCUCAUCAAGCCCAACUACUGAACCAGUUGGACCAACAGCUACUACAGGUGGACAAUGCCAAAUGGGUCCUCACUGCAUGAAGGACGAUGGUAUAUGUCGGAAGAUGUGUCAUGAAGGUGAGAAGGAGAUGUAUGACGGUUGUUAUGGAAACGGAUGCCGUUGCUGUGUCCCAUUUGCAGGUAAAGAAUGCCACAAAAGUCCCCAGUGCAAGAAUGAGAAUGGCAUAUGUCGGAAGGGGAUGUGCUAUGAAGAUGAGACUGAAAUCUCUGGAGGUUGUUAUGGACAUGGAUGCCGCUGCUGUGCUCCGUUUGUAGGCACAGUAUGUCAAAAUCUUCCUCUGUGCAUGGCUGGGAAUGGCACAUGUCGGAAAGGGAUGUGCUAUGGCUAUGAAAAGGAGAUUUCUUAUGGCUGUUCUGGAAACGGGUGUCGCUGCUGUGCUCCGGUUGAAGUUGAAAUAUGUCAGACUCUUCCUCUGUGUAUGGCUGAGAAUGGCACAUGUCGGGAGAGGAUGUGCUAUGACUAUGAGAAGGAGAUUCCUUAUGGUUGUUCUGGAAACGGGUGUCGCUGCUGUGCUCCGGUUGAAGGAGUUGAAGUAUGUCAGACUCUUCCUCUGUGUAUGGCUGGGAGUGGCACAUGUCGGAAGAGGAUGUGCUAUGGUGAUGAGAAGGAGAUUCCUCAUGGCUGUUAUGGAAACGGCUGUCACUGCUGUGCUCCGGUUGAAGUUGAAGUAUGUCAAAAUCUUCCUCUGUGUGUGGCUGAGAAUGGCACAUGUCGGAAGGGGAUGUGCUAUGGCUAUGAGCAGGAGAUUCCUUACGGCUGUUCUGGAAACGGCUGUCACUGCUGUGCUCCGGUUGAAGUUGAAGUAUGUCAAAAUCUUCCUCUGUGUAUGGCUAGGAAUGGCACAUGUCGGAAAGGGAUGUGCUAUGGCUAUGAGCAGGAGAUUCCUUAUGGCUGUUCUGGAAACGGCUGUCACUGCUGUGCUCCGGUUGAAGUUGAAGUAUGUCAAAAUCUUCCUCUGUGUAUGACUGAGAAUGGCACAUGUCGGAAGGGGAUGUGCUAUGGCGAUGAGAAGGAGAUUCCUUAUGGCUGUUAUGGAAACGGCUGUCACUGCUGUGCUCCGGUUGAAGUUGAAGUAUGUCAAAAUCUUCCGCUGUGUAUGGCUAGGAAUGGCACAUGUCGGAAAGGGAUGUGCUAUGGCUAUGAGCAGGAGAUUCCUUAUGGCUGUUCUGGAAACGGAUGUCGCUGCUGUGCUCCGGUUGAAGUUGAAGUAUGUCAAAAUCUUCCUCUGUGUAUGGCUGAGAAUGGCACAUGUCGGAAGGGGAUGUGCUAUGGUGAUGAGAAGGAGAUUCCUCAUGGCUGUUAUGGAAACGGCUGUCACUGCUGUGCUCCAGUUGAAGUUGAAGUAUGUCAAAAUCUUCCGCUGUGUAUGGCUAGGAAUGGUACAUGUCGGAAAGGGAUGUGCUAUGGCUAUGAGCAGGAGAUUCCUUAUGGCUGUUCUGGAAACGGCUGUCGCUGCUGUGCUCCGGUUGAAGUUGAAGUAUGUCAAAAUCUUCCUCUGUGUAUGGCUGAGAAUGGCACAUGUCGGAAGGGGAUGUGCUAUGGUGAUGAGAAGGAGAUUCCUCAUGGCUGUUAUGGAAACGGCUGUCACUGCUGUGCUCCGGUUGAAGUUGAAGUAUGUCAAAAUCUUCCUUUGUGUAUGGCUGAGAAUGGCACAUGUCGGAAGGGGAUGUGCUAUGGUGAUGAGAAGGAGAUUCCUCAUGGCUGUUAUGGAAACGGCUGUCACUGCUGUGCUCCGGUUGAAGAUGGAGAAUGUCAAAGACAUCCCAAGUGCUUGGAUGAGGGUGGCAUAUGUCGAAAGGGGACGUGCCGUGAUAGUGAGAAAGAAGUCAUGGGUGGCUGUUCUGGAAAUGGCUGUGUCUGCUGUGCUCCGUAUGAAGACUGUCAAAGCCUUCCAAAGUGCAUGGAUGGGAAUGGCGUAUGUGGGAAGGAGAUGUGCCUUGCUGAUGAGAAAGAGAUCCCUGGCGGCUGUUCUGGGGAUGGAUGUCACUGCUGUGCUCCGAUUGAAGACUGUCAAAGCCUUCCAAAGUGCAUGGCUGGGAAUGGCGUAUGUGGGAAGGAGAUGUGCCUUGCAGAUGAGAAAGAGAUCCCUGGCGGCUGUUCUGGGGAUGGAUGUCACUGCUGUGCUCCGAUUGAAGACUGUCAAAGCCUUCCAAAGUGCAUGGAUGGGAAUGGCGUAUGUGGGAAGGAGAUGUGCCUUGCUGAUGAGAAAGAGAUCCCUGGCGGCUGUUCUGGGGAUGGAUGUCACUGCUGUGCUCUGAUUGAAGACUGUCAAAGCCUUCCAAAGUGCAUGGAUGGGAAUGGCGUAUGUGGGAAGGAGAUGUGCCUUGCUGAUGAGAAAGAGAUCCCUGGCGGCUGUUCUGGGGAUGGAUGUCACUGCUGUGCUCCGAUUGAAGACUGUCAAAGCCUUCCAAAGUGCAUGGAUGGGAAUGGCGUAUGUGGGAAGGAGAUGUGCCUUGCAGAUGAGAAAGAGAUCCCUGGCGGCUGUUCUGGGGAUGGAUGUCACUGCUGUGCUCCGAUUGAAGACUGUCAAAGCCUUCCAAAGUGCAUGGCUGGGAAUGGCGUAUGUGGGAAGGAGAUGUGCCUUGCAGAUGAGAAAGAGAUCCCUGGCGGCUGUUCUGGGGAUGGAUGUCACUGCUGUGCUCCGAUUGAAGACUGUCAAAGCCUUCCAAAGUGCAUGGAUGGGAAUGGCGUAUGUGGGAAGGAGAUGUGCCUUGCUGAUGAGAAAGAGAUCCCUGGCGGCUGUUCUGGGGAUGGAUGUCACUGCUGUGCUCCGAUUGAAGACUGUCAAAGCCUUCCAAAGUGCAUGGAUGGGAAUGGCGUAUGUGGUAAGGAGAUGUGCCUUGCUGAUGAGAAAGAGAUCCCUGGCGGCUGUUCUGGGGAUGGAUGUCACUGCUGUGCUCCGAUUGAAGGCUGUCAAACCCGUCCACAGUGCAUGGCUGAGAGUGGCAAUUGUCGCAAGGGGAAAUGCAACAAUCAUGAGAAAGAGAUUCCUGGUGGCUGUUCUGGAGAUGGAUGUCACUGCUGUGUAUCUGAAGGCUGCAGACCCUCUGAGAGAUGCACGGGCAAGAAAGGCUUCUGCAGCACUGCAGAUGAUUGCAAGAUGGAGAAAGGGAAGUUCGUGGAGAAGUUCUGUGACGGCGGAUGUGGCUGCUGUGUGAAAACGAGGAAGCCGUGCAGAACCAAAUCCAGCUGCAAGAAGAAGGGCGGCAAGUGCCGUGAGAAGUGCAAGAGGGGCGAGAUCUCCAUCAAGAAAGGCUGCAGCGGCAAAGGUUGCACCUGCUGUGUCAAGAGCUUGGUUUGCCCUUCGUCCAAGGAGUGCCAGAAGAAGGGCGGUCACUGCUGCAGCAAGGAGAGCUGCGUUGGCGGCCGUUUCAAGAAGAAGCUGUGUAAGGGCACCAAAGGAUGCGGAUGCUGCUUGCCGAAAAAACCGGGCAAGUGCAAACUCAAGAAGCUGUGCAGAAGGGCAGAUGGCUUGUGCGCCUCCAAGUGCGGCGCUGGUGAAGUUGAAAUCCCCGGCGGGUGCAAGGGCAAGGGCUGCAAAUGCUGUUGCACGAUGCCCCAGGGCUUCUGCCCCCUCACGCCGAAGUGCAAGAAGAAAGGAGGGGUCUGCUGCGAGGAACACAAGUGUUCCGGAGGACCUUUCAUGCACGACUAUUGCGGUGAAGGAUGCGGAUGCUGCACGGGUAAAAUCCUGGUGCGCAAUGGCACGGAAGUGCCCGUUCCAGGAGCUGAUAAGGGCCAGAUGAAAACUAUCACAUUGAAGAAACACGGAAGUAGACGGAAAGGCGACAAAGGAGGACCAUCAAACAAAAGAGUUGGCAAAGGAAGACCAUCAAACAAGAGAGUUGUCGGUAACAGGAAACGGGCGGACGGGAAGAGAGCUCACGGCAGACGGAGGAAGAAUGGAAAGAAUGUGGAGAAGAAGAAGAAGAGGAAUAACAAGAGACACAAGAUCGCGAAGAAAGGAGGCAAGAAGGAGAAAGAACGAAGUGAGGAGGGUAGACAUCAGAAGCGAGGAAAAAAUGAGAAGAGCGUAAAUGAAAAAAAGGAAAAUAGACCGACAGGACGAGGAGAUAAGGACGCAAAACAGACAUAAGAACGGAGGCGACAAGAACAAGAGUGAUAUGGAGAAAGGAAAUCAACUGAGAGAAAAGACAAUAGAUGGGAAUAAAAGGAUGGAAAAACACGUACAAAAGAAAGAGGAAAGAGAAUAACCAAAAUAAGAAACAACACAAGACCAUGUGAGUUGACGAAGGUGUUUAAGUCGAUCAAUCCCUGAUUGGAUGAACAGAGACGUCCACAAAGAAAUAGCAAAGAAAGGAAAUACGCAAAGCAAGAAAGCAGGGACACACAAAGAUAAGACGAAAUGAGCAAACGCUUUGAAAAUCCGGUGAUGUUGCAUCCUAUCUGUGGGAUAGAACAGGGACUCUCCUGGCUGAGCGACAGGAGUUUUAUUUGUAUGAAGACAGUCGAAGAUAGAGAGUAGUAACCACAUUGUCCUGUGUUGAAGACUGCCAAAACUUUUUUUUCUCUCUUGUUUUAUCCGUUAUGACUAUG